AUGAGCGGUGAGAUUGAUGCCGUCUACAUAUACGACGAGCAGAACCAGCCUCUGGUCGAACAAGUCUAUCGCUCUCGUCCACCCUCCGCGGCGACCAUUCGGCCCCUCUAUUUCGCUCAUCCUGCGCCGCGCCCGUCGCUGAUCUACUUCGCAAAUACGUCCCCGCCCGUUACAGUGUUCUCUAUAGUCGAGUCGAACUUGCAUUUCCUGGCGCUCUCGGAAUCCGACACCGAGCCCCUCUUCGCGUUAGAGUUCCUGCAUCGCGUUGUCGAUAUCCUUGAGGAGUUCGUGGGAGCACCCUUGAUUUCGUCCAAGGUACAGUCGAACUACGAUGUGGUGGCUCAGUUACUACAUGAGAUGUGCGAUGCUGGCAUCGUCUGCAACACCGAGCUGAAUGCCCUGCAAGAGGUGGUGGAGAUGCCGGGGUGGAUGGGUAAGCUGUUGGGCAACGUUGGAUUACCUGGAUCAUCAACGCCGAUUUUAGGACAACCCGGGCUCAAGCGACAAUCAUUAACGUCCGGAAACGCAGCCCUGGGGCCGGCUAUUCCCUGGAGACGUCCUGGUGUACGGCAUACUUCAAAUGAGCUUUACGUCGAUAUCGUCGAAUCUCUCACAGUAACAAUGGCUCCAUCAGGACGCCUCAUAUCUGCGUUAGUCUCGGGCACGAUCGCCUUUACGGCCAAGGUAUCCGGUGUCCCCGACUUGAUUUUAUCUCUCACAGCACCCGGAGGGCAACAUGCCAUCGCUCGGAAGAUGGAACUACCUGUUUUCCAUCCCUGCGUGCGGCUUGCAAGGUGGCGCGAACGGCCUGGGGAACUGAGCUUCAUUCCCCCAGAUGGACGGUUUAUUCUUGCCGGAUAUGAGGUGGACUUGCUGCCUCUCGACCCCAGUCUUGAUCAACCGCCAAGUCAUAUGGAGAAGCUUUUUCUUCCAACAAUUGUUGACAUUCAAAAGUCGCUCGGUUCUGUGGGCGCCGAUUUCGAGGUGCGGUUAACACUUAACCCAGACUUUCCUGGAUACCCGUCUGGAAGUCGACCUGGAGCGGGCCGGGGAGGGUCUGGCACUUCAACCCCGUCUUUUCUCGGUGGCAACAGCAAUAAUGCCGGUCCGGUUCUGGAGGAUGUAGUGGUGACAGUGCCCAUUCCCCCGUCCGUACGAAACAUAACGGACAUGAAAGCAAGCCGCGGCGAGGCUCUUUUUAACUCUGGACGGGGCGUACUAGAGUGGAGAGUCCCGACUAAGGAUGCGGGGAGCAUCUCCGGAACAGCUACGCUUCGCUGUACGGCUGUCGGCCAUUCCACUGACGAGAUCGAGGAGGAUGAUCCUGAGGCUGAUGCAGAAGCUACCCUGUUACAAGGUUACUACGACGACUCAGCGGCAGUAUCUUAUCAGCAGAACACAGAAACAGACCGGUUAAGGGGGAAGCCGAAGAAGAAGAAGAAGAAGGUAAAGAAAGUAAAAAAACCAGCAUCUUCCCGCCGCGACACCUCAGUAUCUACGCCUGAUAUCGACGCCAAUCGUGGAGGGGAGACACUCCCGGCCUCAGACUUGAAUCCCGACCGAUCCUCAGAACCUUCACCUUCUCAGCCUUCAUCGCACCCUGAAGUACCUUCCUUGACACCAACACCGAAACAACUAUCUUCGUCCACCCCUCCGCCGCCCCGCCCUGGAUCGCCGUUCUCAAUAUUCCAUACUGCGCCGCGCAAAACUCGCAUCCAGCUCAACUCCAGCCUUAUGCCAAAUUCCGCGUCUGUCUCGUUCUCCGUGCGAGGCUGGCUUCCGUCCGGCAUUAAGGUUGAGAGCCUCAACAUCGAUCCACGCCGAAGCCGUGGCCUCGGCGAGGGCGUGAAACCAUACAAGGGAGUGAAGUAUAUAUGUGUUAGUCGAAGGGGCAUAGAAAGGAGAUGUUAA